AUGGCUUCGCGCAUGGAAUAUUCUUUGCCUCCUCCUACUACCCAAGAGCCUAAGCCCAUGGAGGUUGACGCGAUCAAGCACGCCACAUACUCUCGUCGUGCUCCGAGUGUCGAAUGUCGGAAGCCUGUAGCACCAAAACGGCUGCAUUGCUUCCGCUUUUGUAAGCCUGGUCACCACGCGGCUGUAUGCCGUGCACAUGCGCCAGUCCUCGCUGUCGCCGCAUCUGACGUCACCGUCAAAGCCGCUGAUCAGCCAAAUCCCGAAGGCAACCAUGUUUACGGUGACGGUGCGUCGCGUCCACUCCGCGCAUUGGUGGACUCAGGCGCGAGCAACAAAUUUGUCCACGCCGACAGUUUACCCGUUCUGCCGUCGCGGUUGCGUGUCCGCGAGUCUUAA